UAUUAUUUGAACGGCGUGGUUGGCAUGGUGGUGUCCGUUCUUGGGUUGGUGGGCAACUUGAUGUCUGGCGCCGUGUUGACACGCCGCUCCAUGAGCCACAGCUCCACAUACAGCUACCUCACCGCUCUCGCCGUCACCGAUUUUUUCUUCGUGUUGUCGACGGUUUUCCUGCAAGUGACAGACUCCAUCCCCCCCUCAGCAACAGAACUUCUAUCGGGCACAGGACCUCAGCACUUCCUGAUCUACCUCCACGCUUACUACUUCCCGUACUUGCAUCCUACAGCUUUCACGCUUCAAGUUGUCUCCGUUUGGUUGACCGUCAUCUUUACGCUGGAUAGGUACAUCAUGAUAUGCCAUCCCUUCAAAUCUUCAAAAUACUGCAGCGUACAGUCGGCCAGGAGAGUCAUCGUCGUCAGCAUAGUCUGCUGUUUUCUGUUCAAUUUGCCAAAAUAUUUUGAGUACAAGACCGUCUUCAUAAACAACCAGACAUAUGACGUCAUCAACACGUCAUCAACAUCUUUCUUAUCCAACUUCACCAUACAAAUUGACGUGACGGAGUUCGGCGCCAGCAGUGGAUUCAAAACAUUGUAUCAUUUCGGUUUCUAUUUGGUCUUUGUGUCGGGACUUCCAUUCGUCGUGCUAUUCGUCUGCAACAUGGUCCUCAUGUUCGAAGUCCGAAGCUCCUACAAACGAGGUCUGCAGUUGAAUUCCAGUGAGAGACGAAGGGUGGAUACGAACGUCAUGCUCAUCGGAGUCGUCGUCGUCUUCUUCUUUUGCCAGACACCGGCGCUCUUCAGCAAUAUAGAUUUGAGUUUUCUUAAUGAGUGCCUUCCAAUCUUCGUGCUGAACGAGGUGGCCAACCUGAUGAUCCUCACGAACUCGUCCAUCAACAUCGUACCUUACUACUUCUUCGGCAAGAAGUUCAGGGAGGAGUUCCUGCAAGUCGUCUGUUGCUUCAACUAUUCACACAGCCGCCACAACAGCAACAACAACAACCACUGCAACAACAACAACAACAACUCGAGAAAAAACUCAAACAUGGAUAUUCAAAAUUGUUUGAAAAUUGAUCAGGAUAUUGAGUGA